AUGGUUCUAGUAGUAAGCCCUCUAUCCUAUCCAGUUCCACUUGUACUGCACGAUAACAUGCUGCAUAGGCCACACACUCUGUUCAUGUCAAGCUGGAUUGGAAAAAUCAAGGAAAGAGGCAGGGCAAACAGAGCUGAAAACUUGGCACGGAUAAGCCAUGAGAGGAGAAAAAACGGGGACCGUAGUAAAUGCACCACUUGCCACCGAAUGCUAUGGACAAUUUGCUGA